AUGAUCGUCAAACCAAGCAAAGGGUGGAGCUCCGAGUGCGUUUCCAAGGUCAACUCAGUCGAUGAUCUCGUUGUGGCUGUCCAGAAGGCAACUGGUCGACACGGAGGCUCGGCUGUUGUCGAACCCUUUUUCGACGGACCCGAGAUUGACGUGAACUUUGUACUCCUGGACGGUCAGGUCCUUUUCUGCGAGAUCGCUGAUGAGCAACCAAGCGAGGCGGACGCGUGUGAUGCGACGGUCAACGAUACCUUCUCGGCAGAGGGUCUCACUCUUCCCUCGGCACUCCCGCAUGGAGAACAGGAGCUGGCGAAGUCUACUCUGCAUAAGAUUUUGGUGGAUCUCGGCUUCCGGACUGGCGUCUUUCACGUGGAAGGGCGCAUGGUCAACUCGCGAUACGAGUACCGCAAGCUCGACGCAGGUCUCACAGACCUUGUGCCCAAGCCAGCUCAUCGGAUGCCCAAGCAAGAGCCAUCAUGUCGUCUUCUGGAAAUCAACGCACGCCCUCCCGCGUAUCGAGUCACUCUGUCUACAAGGCACACAUACGGCGUCGAUUUCUUUGCCGCUCACAUACUUGCCUCGAUCGGGGAGCGUGAAAGGCUCGCGCUGGCGGCCGUGCCGUUCGACUUCGGACCCGCCGCGUCAAGCAGGGCACAGAACUCUCAAUGCUGGUCACGACUGAUCUACAUUUCUGCUCCGACGGAGGGAAUCGCCAAGUCUGAGGCGCCAUGCGAGGAACUAAAGAAGCGCCGGCCGGACCUAGCCAAACACGUCGUGCUAAGCAAUGACUAUCAUAAAAAGGGAGACAAGGUCGCCUUGUUUACGAGCGGGGCCCGCACUUGUGUUGGACACGUUCUUGUCGGCUCUGGUACAAGCAGGAGAGAGGCGAUUGAGAUUGGGGAGCAAAUACGUCGAGAUUUUGUAUUCGAGGUGGAGGACUCGGCAAGGCCAAAGGAUGGCUAA